AUGGUGAUUCUAUGCUUAGUACUACUAUUUACUGUUCAAGUAGUAUAUUCAUUACCAGCUAUGGAAAUUUUAACCACUAAUACAAGUGGAAAUCAUUCCAGUGUUGACUGCAAAAUCUGUUUAUCUGCAUUCAGUGUUCUACACUUCGCAAUAACAGAUCCCUACUGGAAACAAGUCUAUGAAAUGAUUUUAGCUCAGAUGUGUACACUUUUAUCUCCUGGGUUCGUUAAAACUAUGUGUACUGAUUUGGGUGCAACGUAUCUUCAGCAGGCAUUGACGUUGAUUAGUGAUGAAGUCCAGCCGGAAUACCUGUGUCGGGGUCUGAAAAAAUGCAAAACAACUGGAAAAUUGUACUGGAAUCCAAAAGAAUCAGAAGGUCACUGGGGAAAAUGA